GCCCACACAGAAAUCUUGAAGAGGGCUGGGAUCGUAGGCAGAAGCAAAAGAAAGGAUUUGAGAAAGAUGAAAGGUUCAGUAGGGAUCUCUUUCAUUGCCCUUUUGGCUUUGGCUUGCUCUGUUGCUUCUGCCUAUGACCCCAGCCCUCUUCAAGAUUUCUGUGUGGGUGUGAAUGAUACCAAACUUGGAGUAUUUGUGAAUGGGAAAUUCUGCAAGGAUCCCAAUUUGGUGAAAGCAGAAGACUUCUUCUUCCGCAUAAUGCCAGGGAACACAGACAACCCAUUGGGCUCCCAAGUGACUCAGGUGUCUGUAAAUGAGUUUCCAGGGCUCAACACUCUUGGAGUCUCCCUUGCUCGUAUCGAUUACGCAUCUUAUGGUUUGAAUCCUCCCCACACUCACCCUCGUGCCACUGAGGUGUUGACCGUUCUUGAAGGAACUCUCAUGGUUGGAUUUGUGGCUUCCAAUCAAAACGACAAUCGUUUAUUUACCAAAGUACUCAACAAAGGAGAGGUGUUUAUAUUUCCCUUUGGUAUGAUUCACUUUCAACUCAACGUUGGCAAAGACGAUGCUGUGGCACUUUCUAGCCUUAGUAGCCAAAAUCCAGGAGUCAUUACAAUUGCUAAAGCCCUGUUUGGAUCCGAUCCUCUCAUCUCUCCUGAUGUUCUCACUAAAGCCUUCCAAGUUGACAAGAACAUAAUUGCCUAUCUUCAAAAGCAACAAUGGUAUGACAAUAACGUCUAAAUAGCCUAUCUCCUAUAUAUACCUCCAUAAUUCUAGUUCGUAUUCUGGAGUAACUAAAUAAAUAUAAAUGCUUGCAGCUUUAUGUUGUCUCCUCUAUUAUAUGACAGGCAUGCAAGCAUAAUCUACACUGUUUACUCAUGUAACUUCAUUUAUAUAUAUCUCGGAAUAAAUAAAUAUGAUGCUUCUUUUUAA